UGUUAUUAAUAAUUAAAAAUAGAAUGAUAUAUUUAUAUACUCAAAUAUUUAGAAUUAAAAAACAAUAAUAAUUUAAUAAUUUUUUUGUUUUUAUUUUAUUUUUUAAAUUUGUUUCUUUCUUUUUCAUUAUAUUGCAUCUAACUAGUUGUUGUUUAGUAUUAUAGUAUUAUUUUAAAAUAUUAAAAAGUAAACCAAAUAACUAGUUUAGUUUUUUUUUUAUUUUAAUUUUUAUUUUAAUUUAAAAUUAAAAUUUUCAUUCCUUUUUUUCAUUUUUUCAAAACUUAAAUUUUAUUUCAAACAUUAUAUAUCAAUUAUUUUUAAUAAUAAUAAAUAAUAAAAAUUUUUUUUUUAAAAAAAAUAAAAUUGUAUUUUUAAUGUUUGUAAUAUAUUUAAUAAAUGGAGUAUAAAAGUUCUUUAGAUAAACCAAUUGUUAGAGAUUCAAAAGUUAGAAAUGUGUUCCAUAAAGUUUGUAAAAAAGAAUUGUUUUAUACCAAUUUAAAAGUUAAUACACAAUCAGAAGAACUUUUAAAAUCAUCAAAAAGACUAUUUGCAUAUCCAUCAUUAGUUGGAGGAGGAUCAUGUUUAGCAAUUAAUAAAAUUGAAAAUCAUGGCAAAUCUGCAGAUACACCAUUUUGUAUUAAAGGGCAUACAGAUCCAAUUUCAUGUUUCGAAUUUAGUAAUUUUAAUGAUCAUGUAGUUGCAACUGGUAGUAGAGAUUGUACAAUUAAAAUUUGGGAGGUACCAGAAGAAGGCUUAAAGGAGAAUUUGGUCACCCCAUUAAUUUCAUUACCAAAACAGUCAAAGAGAAUUACAGGUGUAUAUUUCCAUCCAUCAGUGGAUUCAUUAUUUGUAUCAAGUUCAAUGGAUUACAGUAUCGAUUUGUGGGAUUUGGCUCAAGAUAAUGGAGCUGUAGUUCAAAAGUUAACAGGUAAUGAAGAUCUAGUAAUGUCUGUUGGAUGGAAUACUUGGAGUGGUGGUGAAAGGUUAGCAACAUCAUCAAGAGACAAAAAGAUGAGAUUAUAUGAUCCAAGAAGUUCAAAUACACCAAUCGCCACUGUAUCGACUCAUGAAGGUGCACAAGGUUUUAAAUUAACAUGGGCUGAUUCGAAUGGUUUAGAUUUGCUUUGUACUGUUGGUGCCAAUAAAGCCGCUCAACGUCAAUUAUUCAUUUGGGAUCCACGUCAGUUACAAGGUGCUCAAGGUCCAGUUGUUUCUAAAAAUGUUACUACAGAUUCUUCAAUUCUCUCACCAUACUAUGAUUAUGCUACCAAUAUUCUUUAUUUAGGUGGUAAAGGUGAUGGUAUUUACUAUUACGAGUUGGAAAAGAAAGAUGCUCAUUUAAUUGGCAAAGCCGCUUUUGGUAAUGCAACCCAGAGUGCAAUUUCUUUAUUACCAAAAUCUGUCGUAGAUGUCAAUCUCUGUGAGAUCGAUAGAUUCCUUCGUUUAACUAAUAAUUGUGUCGAAAUGGUCUCAUUUAUUGUACCAAGAAAAUCUCAAUUGUUCCAAGAAGAUAUAUUCCCACCAUCCCCAUCUGGUGAUCCAACUACCGAUUGUUCACUUUGGUUCCAAGAUAAAAAUCUCAAAGUUAUACCACAUACUACUUCAAUGAAGCCAGAGGGUGCCACUUCAAUUUAUGAUGUAUCAGAAGAGGAGGGAGGUAAAAGUAAACAAAAAGAUAAAUUAGAACAACUUCAAAGUAACACAUUAAAUAAUAAGGAAACCUUUAUUACAGAAGGUAUUGUUAAACAGGACAUUGAAGGUUGGUUAUUUAACACUUAUGAACCACGUUAUUUAAAGAUUGUCAAAGAUAAAAUUUAUUGUUUCCUCAAUGAAGACUCAGCUCAAGCUAAUUGGGAAGUUGCUAUUAAUAAUAUUAAAUAUGUAGAUAUUUAUCAAGAUCCAAAUUCAGGAGAAAAAUUAGACCCAGAAUGGGCUACUCGUUUCAAUAUUAUUUUAUCAAAUGGAAAAGAAUAUAGAAUGGAAUGUGGCUCUAUUGAACAAAGAGAUGCUUGGACUACUUCAAUCAAUGCACACAAGGAAAUGAAGACCCAGCUUGAUAGUCAAAACACUUCACCAACAUUAGGUGAGUUCCAUUUGGUAAACACUACUCCAAAUAAUGCUGCUUCCCCAAUGAAUAUUUCAGAAAAUAAUAAUAAGGCAUUACCAAAGUUUGGUGCACCACCACCAUCAUCAUCAUCUAAACCACCACUUUUACCACCAUCGUCAUCAUCACCAUCAACCUCAUCCCCAUCAACUUCAUCCCCAUCUACUACACCAGGUUCAGGUACCCCAACAGCUACCAGACACAGCGUUUUAUCAAGAAAUCCAUCAUAUACAUCAUUAAAACUUUCAGGUGGUAUGUCUAAACCAUCAACACCAAACAAUAAUGCAGUAGCAUCACCAUUAUCAAUUUCAGCAAAUAAUGGAGGUGGUAGUUUAAAUAAUUCAACUGGUAUGUCGGCACCAUCUUCAUCAUCCUUAUCAUCUAGCACAGGUAUCAAACAAAAUGAAAUUGUUAUUGAAGGUGCAUUGACUGAAUUAGUACCAGGCCUACUUUGGAAUUCAAAUGUUGAAAAAUGGUAUGUUGUAUCCGAAGGUAUGCUUUACGGCUAUAAAAAUAAACAAUUAAAAGCAUUGGAUCCAAUUGAAACUAUUCAUUUAGAAAAAGCAAUUUCAGCUCAUAAGACAAAAGAAAUUUUUACUAUUCAAGGAUUUAGUUUCCAAUUAUCAACACCAAAUCGUAUUAUUCAUUUACUCUCUAAAACUAAAGAGGAACGUUCAUCAUGGUUAUCAGUUUUAAAACAAAAUUUAAAGAGCUCAGGAGAAUCAAAACCAGCUAAACUUACAAGAACUCCAACUACUGAAGAGUUAGUUUCAGCUCCAUUAGAUGAUGAGAAUAAUACAAAUGAAGGUGGUAUUGAAGAGGAAGAGGAAGAAGAACAAUUGGAAGGUCAAAUGCAAAGAAAAUUACCAGGUAUCUUCUCAAUGUGGGGACAAUGCUUUGUUUCAUUAUUAGCAGAGGAUUUAUUUGUCUCUAAAAAUAAAAUUUCAACCGCUCCAGAAUUACGUAUUCAAUUAUCAAGUAUUUCAGCCAUUAAAAAAAAUUCACCAAAUGAAUUUACUCUUUUCGAUGGAAACAAUGCUGUUGUUUGUAAUUUCCGUACUAUUUUACCAACUGAAGAUUUUGAUGAUUGUAAACGUUGGAUAGAAGGUUUAGAGGCAGCUAGAAAGCGUUCCAUUGAUAUUAUUAAAAUGUUUGGUAUUAACGAAAAAGAAGUAUUAUCAUCAAGCGAAAUCAGUCAUGAAGAAGAGAAUCUUGCUCGUUUCUUAGAUAUCAACGCAAUUAAAAAUGGUAAACAAAAGGUUUUGAUUCAAGUCAAAGGAAAAAGAAAGAUUCGUGUCAGAGUUGUUAAACUCUCAAGUUCAUCAUUAAAUACUCAUAACUCAUUUAUUCUCGAUGCUGGUCCAAGAAUUUUCGUAUGGGCUGGUAGCAAAGCAUCACGUGUAAAUAAAGCUAAAGCAUUAGAUUUUGCAAAUAGAAUUCGUCAAAAAGAAAGAGGUGGUAAAUCUACAUUAAUUCAAUUUGAUGAAAAUCGUGGUGAUGAUCAAUCAAUGGACUUUUGGGAUAUCCUUGGUGGUAAACCAACAUCACCAAUUGCCACAACACCAACUCCAGAGGAACAAGAUGCUGAAAAUAUUAAAACCUCAAUCUAUCGUAUUGGUUUAGAUAGUAAAAAGAACUCUUUACGUGCUCGUUUAGCUUGGGAAGGUAGUGAUUGGCGUCUUCCAAACAAAGAAAUCCUCAAUACCAAAUUUGUAUUUGUUAUUGAUUGUGUCUCUGAAAUCUUUAUUUGGGUCGGUAAAGAAUCAUCAUCAAUGCAAAGAAAAAUGGCAAUUAAGGUCGCAUUAGUAUUACAAGCCCAAUCAGACCGUACCGAUUGGACUAAAAUCACCAGAGUCAAUGAAUUUGGUGAAAAUAAUCUUUUCAAAGAGAAAUUCGCAAAUUAUCCAGGUAUGUUACCAAUCUCUACCACCAAGCAAGAAAUUAAAAACUAUGUUGCAACUCAAAAAGCUGAACAUAAGCUUGAAGUUUUAUCUGGUCGUCUCAAUACUCCAUUCGUUGACAAUGAAGUUAUAUUUACCAAUGAAAGUGGCCGUAUAAAGAUUUGGAAAAUUGAAGACUAUGAAAAGAUCGAUCAUCCACAAUCACUCUAUUCAAACUUUUACUCUGGUGAUAGUUAUAUCGUAUUAUAUACCUAUAUGCUUAAUAAUAAAGAGGCUCAUGUCAUUUAUUAUUAUUUGGGUAGAGAUAGUACAAUCAACGAAAAAGGUACAUCAGCUUAUUUAACUGUUGAUCUCCAAGAAUCAUUAACUGGUAGUUGUGUUCAAGUUCGUGUUGUUCAAAAUAAAGAAUGUCGUAACUUUUUAAAUUUAUUCAAGGGUAAAAUGAUUACACACAAAGGCAAAUUCAAUAAAUAUGAUGCUAAUCAAACUGCUCUUUAUCAAGUUAAAGGAAAAGAUAGUAUUGAUUGUCGUGCUGUUCAAGUUGAUGCCUCCUCAUCAAUGUUAAACACUUUAAAUAGCUAUGUUUUAACCAAUGGUAAAGAUAAAGUAUUUAUUUGGAAUGGUAAAUUCUCAUUGGAGGUCCAACAACAGACAUCAAAUAAUAUUGCAAGAAUUUUAGCAGAAUCAAAUAAUAAAGAAAUUAUUACAAUCAGAGAAGGCCAAGAAACUGACGAUUUUUGGAGCUUAAUUGGAGGAGAUAAAUCUCUUGAUAAAUAUUUCAAUAGUUUAACAAUUCAACAAAGUACUAUUCCAACAUCAUUCAAUUAUGAAUCACGUCUUUUCAUUUGUAACAACUCAUCAGGUAUCAAUGAAAUUAAUGAAGAAUCACCAUUCUCUCAAGAUGAUUUAGAAAUUGGUUCAGCAUGUAUUUUAGAUGUUCAAAGUCAUAUUUAUAUUUGGUUAGGUACUCGUUGUGCUCAUCGUGCUAAGCGUGCUUCAAUGGAAGCAGUUUUAGAUUUUAUCAAAAAAUCCAAAUUUGGUCAUUCUAUGGAACACACUAAAGUCCAAAUUAUUGAACCAUUCCACGAACCAAUUGAAUUUAGAGCAUACUUUAGAAGUUGGUGUACCUCAAAAUAUCCAAAGAACAAAUUACCACUCGUUGAAAAACCAGCCAUAGAUGUCAACAUUAUUCUUAAAGAUUACCUCAAAGAAAUCUAUUCAUACGAAGAAUUAUUAGCAGAUCCAUUACCAGCAGGUGUCGAUUCAACCAAAUUAGAAAAUUAUCUCUCUGAUGAAGAAUUUGAAAAAGUUUUCAACAUGAAGAGAUCAGAAUGGGAAAAAAUUCCAACUUGGAAACGUGAACCAAUCAAAAAGAGUUUAUAUUUAUUCUAAAAACAACUUUUUAUAUAUAAUAAUAUUUAUCACCACUCUAUAUAAUAAUAUAAUAUAAUAUAUCUUAAUUUAUAUAUUUAUUUUUUUUAACCACUAAAAAAAAAAAAAAAAAAAAAUAUUCCAUAUAAAUAUGUAUCUAUUUAUUAAAAAUAAAAAUCAUUUGUAUAAAUAUAUUUAUUUACAUAAAUAUAACUACUAAUUUUAAAAUCAU